CAACAUGCAGAGCAGAGGCACCAAGGCCCUCCUCCCAGCAACUUUUCAAAUGAGGAAGUUCAACGCAGAGCUGAGAGCAGCUUCCUUUUACAGCCUGAAGAAGCGCAGGGUGAUGAAGAGGUAGAACGGGCCGUGCAAACAUGAGAAUAGCCAAGCAGACAAGCUGAGAUCGACAACGGUUGGGAGGAUUUGUUUUUUUUCCUGAUCUUUGACAACAGAUGCAACACACUUGAGCUCAGGCUCGUGGGGUUUUCAAACAGGAUGCCAAGCCACCAGCCUUGGUACCAUAACAAUAUAACGCGAUCCAAAGCUGAGGAUCUACUCUCCAAAGCAGCCAGAGAUGGAAGCUUCCUUAUCCGGGACAGCGAGUCCGUACAGGGAGCGUACGCCCUCUGCGUUUUAUACCAGAACUGUGUGUACACGUACAGAAUCCUGCCGAAUGAGGACAAGAAGCUCUCCGUGCAGGCAUCUGAAGGAGUUCCAAUUAGGUUCUUUGCGAUGCUGCCUGAGCUGGUGGAGGCGUAUUACAGCCCCAACAUGGGCCUGGUCACACACCUGCAGUAUCCCGUCCAGAGGGAGGAGGAGGUAGAAGAAGAGCCAGAGCCCAACAGUCAUCCACCACAGCUUCCACCUAGGAACUUCAUGGCUGAUGCCAAAGAAAGUGAAUCCAAAACGUCCGAGCAGGCCACCAAGUCCUUAUCCGACAUGUACCUGAUGAGGCUGCAGCACAUAGACCUAUCCACGUUGUCAGAAGAGCAUCAAAUGGCUGUCCAAGAAUACUUCAGGACCUCCAUCUUCCUGGAUGCCGAACAGGCGCAAAACGGCAACCCCAACCUCCCUGGCCUCAAGAAACUCAUCACGGCUGUUUGCAAAAAUCUAAACAGUGAAAUAUCUCGAAUCCUGCCCGCCCUUGAGCUCUUUCACAGAACGCUGGAUCAGCAACUCUCCCCGGGGAUUGGGCCUAAACAAAUUCUUGCAGAUUCAGGCCAGUCUGUGUCCUACAGGUUGGAGCAACUCACCAAACUGCUCUACUCUAUAGAGGAGAAGGUACAAGCCCCACAUGCUAAAAGUUCUGUUUUCGAUGCCGUCGGCUAUGACGGAGGCCACCGGAAAUCUCUCAUACCAAUUGUUUCAUUUGAGGUCAAACAGGAGUCUCUCGGCAUUUCAACAAAGAUGGUUCUGAAGGUGGAUGUUGAAAGUGGGAAACUCUAUUUUAAGAAGUCCAAAGAUGGGCCAGAAGAUAAAUACUAUGUUCACAAUAAAAUCCUGCAGUUGGUCAAAUCGCAGAAAAUGCAUGCUAAACUGGUCAUCGUGGUGGAGACUGAGAAAGAGAAGAUUCUGCGUAAGGAGUUUGUGUUCGACGACACAAAGAAAAGAGAAGGCUUCUGUCAGCUGCUGCAGCAGAUGAAGACAAAGCACUCCGAAAAGCCUGAGCCAGACAUGAUCACAGUGUUUGUGGGCACCUGGAAUAUGGGAAAUGCUGGUCCUCCCUCCAACAUCGACUCUUGGUUUCACUGUAAGGGCCUGGGGAAGACCCGCGACGACACCGCCGACCAUAUUCCACACGACGUGUAUGUCAUCGGGACCCAGGAGGACCCCUUGAGUGACAGAGAGUGGUCCGACACGCUGAAAAAUGUCCUGAGGAAAAUCACAAACAUCAGCUUCAAGCAGGUGGCGAUUCACACACUGUGGAGCAUUCGGAUCAUCGUCCUGGCCAAGCCAGAGCAUGAAAACAGGAUCUCCCAUGUGUUUUCAGACAGCGUGAAGACGGGGAUUGCCAACACUUUGGGGAACAAGGGAGCGGUGGGAGUGUCGUUCAUGUUCAACGGCACAUCCUUCGGCUUUGUCAACAGUCACCUGACCUCUGGAAGUGAGAAAAAGAUCAGGCGGAAUCAAAACUACACCAAUAUCCUGCGAUUUUUGAAUCUGGGCGACAAAAAGCUCAACCCCUUCGACAUCACGCAUCGCUUCACGCACCUCCUCUGGCUGGGAGAUCUGAACUACCGGGUUGAACUUCCAUCUUCAGAAGCUGAGAACAUUGUGACAAAGAUCAAACAGCAGCAAUACCAGGAACUCCUCAGUAAAGACCAGCUCAGCAUAGAGAAGAAUGAGGGAAAGGUCUUCCUACAUUUCGAGGAGGAGGAAAUCACAUUUCCACCCACGUAUCGCUUUGAGAGAGAUACACGAGAGAAGUAUGCCUACACAAAGGCCAAAGCCACCGGGACAAAAUACAAUUUGCCAUCCUGGUGUGAUCGUGUCCUGCGAAAGUCUUAUCCUCUGGUUCAUGUUGUGUGCCAAGCAUAUGGAUGCACUAACGACAUCAUGACCAGUGACCACUCGCCUGUCUUUGCUUCGUUUGAGGUCGGAGUUGCAUCACAGUUCGUGUCCAAGCAAGAUCUCAACAGCGCUCCUCAGGGUGGAAUCCAGAUCAUGAACUGCGUGGCCAUCCUGCUGACAAAAUCAAAGACCAGGUUCUUUAUCGAGUUCCACUCUAGCUGCCUGGAGAAAACUGUGAAGACUUCAGAAGGAGAGAACACGGAACAAUGCGACCGUUCCAUAAAAGUCUGGUUUGGCAAUAAAGUUGAGCUCACGCCGAUCAUUUCUGACCCCGAGUACCUCUUGGAUCAGCACAUCCUGAUCUGCGUGAAAUCCACAGACUGUGACGAGUCGUACGGAGAGGGAUGUGUUGCGCUGCGAGCUGCCCAGUUCUGCUACAGGGACUUUCAGAUCACGCUGACCCACCAUGGGGAGAAGACGGGCACGCUGACCGGUGGCAUCCAGUUACGCACCUCCGAGUUCAAGCCCACUGAGAAGUUAUAUGAUUUCAUUAAAAUUGAAAGAGACGAUGCCGCUCCUUCAAAAGGCAAAGGCGGUGACAAGUCCUCUGUAGCACAGGCACAUGAUAUUUCUAACCCUAGUUACAUGGGAGUUUCAUUCAAAAGUGGGGGUGCGACAGAUAGGGGCUGGAGUUACAGCAUGGCCCCUAAGAAUCUUCCUGGUGGUGCACAAGGGGGUAGAGAAUCCAAGAAGCCCAGUUAUGAUCUGAGCGUACGGAGUCCCACUGCAAUGAAUUAUGCCGCGAGCGAGGAUGAAAAGCUGUCAGAAAUGUUGGACAACCCGCUGUAUGGGUCGAUGGUGAAAUCACACGGCCAGGCCAAAGACCAAGGUCACCCACAGCCGGACAUUCUAACACCGACACCAGAUGGAGACUGUGAUCGCCCUCCGUUGCCCAUGCCACGUAAUCGCUCCUUCACCUCUUCUGAGAACAGAGCCCAGCCUCAACUCCCCAUCAGCCUGUACCCCCCCGGACACAAGAAACCGGUGGUUCCCUCUCGCUCAGAUGGAGGGUUGGUACAAACCCGGCCUCCUUUGCCGAGUAAGUCGCGCCCAGAACCCCAGGCACCCAAACCCAGAGAUUACAGAGACACCUCUGAGUUUCCAGGCAAACAGAGAGUUCCGACAAGACCCGGUCCGCUACUGCCCAACAAAGACACGCAUCCAGAAUUUCCCAAGACGGGCCGCCCGGUGAACUGAGAUAAAGCUGCAAAUUCUGCACUGGCGGACCAGCUUCCUGUCCUUCAACCGGUUCUUUUCAUCACUUUGCAUCACAGAGUAGCCAACCCUUUUUCUGCAGUAUCAAAAAUACCCAUUUCCCCUUUUAAGGUUGCAGAGUUAGAACUAAGUUCUCUUCCCAGUCUUAUGCUAAGCUAAGUUGACUGAAUAAUGGCUGUGGCUUCAAAUGUAAUAGAUCACAUUUCUGGACCUGAACUGGUAAUAGCCAACCAAGGUGUCAAACUACUUACAUAAAACCCCACUGUGUCUUUUAAUUGGAUCUUAGAAAUGAAACAUUAAAUCUAUAGCCAUGUUUUCAUUAGUGUAGAGUUUUCAUUUUUUCAUUACAAAGCUGGUCAUUUUCCUGCUAAGUCCGCCAUGCUGCACAGCUACGUUUGUACAGUGGUCCUUGAUGGUCUGAGCAAACAUGGGUUCAAGAGAGGGAAAUU